AUGCUGCUUGCAAAGAAAAUGUCGUCUGGCAGAAUAUACAAGUUUUUGUUUCGCAAGGAGCAGCCCCAGUGGCUGUGGGAUAUGGCGCUUGAGGUUCGCCUCCCCGCCUUGUUUCUGCUGGGCGUGGUGUACGUGAACACAAAGUGCUACUGUGACUCGCUGACCGCGUACCAGGCGGGCUCAAGAUGGGGCAUUACACAAGGAAAGCUGCUAGAGCUACGGAAGCUUAACUAUAGGUACAUUAUCGUCCCGCGGUAUGCGGUCAAGUACGAGUUUGAGGUGGAUGGCAAGCAAUACGUCUCGACUCGUGGCACCACCGGCUCUCCGUAUCGAAACUGGAUGGAGGGCUGGUAUUACGACACGAUCACGGAGGCGGAGUACCUCCAGGCCAUUCCAGUGCUUCGCGUAGGGGAACGAUGCAGCGUCUUCUAUGACAAGAAGAACCCCAAGGCACAUUCGGCACUCGCGCAGGACGCCAACUCAUUCGAGAUUUCCUUUCUGGGAUUCUUGGCUGUCUUUCCGCUGCUCAUGGGCCACUACAUGAAGGCUCAUUUCUGGAUGCUGCGAAAGGCCUACAUGCCGAACAGAAAGAUGCGUAUCCGCUUCCCAGUUUACGAUCAUCCGAAGCCACCCCCGUCGCCUCCAAAGGAACCCCAACAGAUAUCGCAGCUGCCGCCAAGGAAUUGA